CACAAGAUGUUCAGAGAACAGUUGAACCUCACUUCCCUGGAACCCCCUCUGCAGCUCCAACCAGAAGCCAGCUGGGUCCAGUUCCAUCUGGGGAUCAACCGCCAUGGGCUAUACUCCCGGUCCAGCCCUGUUGUCAGCAAGCUCCUACGUGACAUGAGGCACUUUCCUACCAUCAGUGCUGAUUACAGUCAGGACGAGAAAGCCUUGCUGGGGGCCUGUGACUGCACCCAGAUUGUGAAGCCCAGUGGGGUCCACCUGAAGCUGGUGCUGAGAUUCUCGGACUUUGGGAAGGCCAUGUUCAAACCCAUGAGACAGCAGCGAGACGAGGAGACACCUGCAGACUUCUUCUAUUUCAUUGAUUUUCAGAGACACAAUGCUGAGAUUGCAGCUUUCCACCUGGACAGGAUUCUGGACUUCCGACGGGUACCGCCAACAGUGGGAAGGCUAGUGAAUGUCACCAAGGAAAUUCUAGAGGUCACCAAGAAUGAAAUCCUGCAAAGUGUUUUCUUUGUCUCUCCAGCCAGCAACGUGUGCUUCUUUGCCAAGUGUCCAUAUAUGUGCAAGACUGAGUACGCUGUCUGUGGGAACCCGCACCUGCUGGAGGGCUCCCUCUCCGCAUUCCUGCCAUCCCUCAACUUGGCCCCCAGGCUGUCUGUGCCCAACCCCUGGAUCCGCUCCUACACGCUGGCAGGAAAAGAGGAGUGGGAGCUCAACCCCCUUUACUGUGACACAGUGAAACAGAUCUACCCAUACAACAACAGUGACCGUCUGCUUAACGUCAUUGACAUGGCCAUCUUUGACUUCCUGAUAGGAAACAUGGACCGCCACCACUAUGAAAUGUUCACCAAAUUUGGAGAGGAUGGAUUCCUUAUUCACCUCGACAAUGCCAGAGGGUUUGGACGACAUUCCCAUGAUGAACUCUCCAUCCUCUCACCUCUCUCCCAAUGCUGCAUGAUAAAAAAGAAAACACUUUUGCACCUGCAGCUGCUGGCCCAGGCUGACUACAGACUCAGUGAUGUGAUGCGGGAGUCGCUACUCGAAGACCAGCUCACCCCAGUCCUCACAGAGCCCCACCUCCUGGCCCUGGACCGCAGACUGCAAAUCAUCCUCCAGACAGUGAAGGGCUGCAUAGACACCCAUGGAGAACACAGUGUCAUCACUGAUGCCCCAGCACAGCGACCAGCCCCAGCUUCUGGCCAGCCUAACCUAACAAGUUAAGGACUACAAGAGUCAAGUAUCAGAUCACACACCUGGAGCCAGCAGUGGACUCCAGAGUGGAGACUGCUACUUCCUCACUCCACCUGUAGCACUGGAGUUCAAGCUAUAGGCUCAGAGAAGAGGCCACCAUGUUCUGAAACAUCAAGUGGGAUCCACUGAGCUUGGAUCUUUAUCCCUCAAUAGAAGAUCACUGCUUCCAGAGUCCCAUGCUGGGGCUCCAUCUUCCCAGAAAGCACUGGCUCCAUCAGGCCACAGACUGUAUCAUCUGAGUGUACUGGGAAAUCUGCAUAAUGGUCAGGAUCAGAAGGUUUGCAAGUCCUGUCCCCAGGACAGUUUUAACUGUAACAAGUCCAAUAAAAGGACGUCAAGUGUAUACUCGCUCUGCUCCAGACCCUUCUUAUAGCUACAAGUAAAGCAUAAUUCCUGGCCCAGAUAAAACAUCUUGCAUACCUCAAGCAGACUUAAAAUGUACAAAUGGUUAACUCUCAAACUGGUUCAAGUCAACCUUCACCCUUUUGUACUUACAUCCCAGUCACUGGCCCAAUAUGAACACAAUAAUCCCUACUACCAGUCCUGUGGUAACUUCUCAGAAAUACUAUUACAAAAGGCAGAUUAAAAAAAAAAAAUAGAGAUUUGGUUCCAGGUAUGGUGGUACAUGCCUGCAA